AUGUCCUUCACCGCCGGGGUCGCCCUCGCCGUCGCCGAUGCCGUGUGGGAGCAGAUCAAGGCCGCGGGGCACGCCUCCGACGAGCACCUGUCCAUCCUGGAGCACCUGUUCGGCAAGAACAUGCUGCGCGCCUGCAAGAUCCUCGACGAGGGCGGCGUCCGCCGCGUCACCGGCGCGCCCAGCGGCCGCUCGCUCUUCCUGGUGAUGGGGGAGUCCAAGAGGAAGGAGGAGUACAUCUGCUUCCCGGAGCACCUCUGCACCUGCUACUCCUUCUUCUACGACAUUGUCGGACGCGGCGAGCAGCUCUGUUGUAAGCACCAGCUGGCAGCGCGGCUUGCAGAGGCUGUCGGACAACACCAGGAGAUGGAGGUGACCGAUGAGGAGCUCGCUCACAUGCUUGCUAAGCUCUGAUUGCUUAAAUGUUCAGUAAUGCACAGAACGUUUAUGAAGAACGUUUUCUUGGGUUCUCUCACUAACAGUGUUCUUAAAAUGGUUGAGCUUAGCUGCAUGAAGUGUUUCUAUAUUGGCAUUGGGAAUCCUUUGCCUAUAAGGGUAUGUCAUAUGGGCUUGUAUGUGUAGACUGUAGGUAUGCCAUAUGGCCAUAUGGGCUUGAGUUCUCCAAGAGGCCAUGGUAAAAGCUGCAGCAUUAGGAUAUUAUCAUCUUCUCUAUCUUUUUGUAGAACCAGUAUCACCUUCCUUUUUGUUGUAUUCAGUGGUUAACCUACUAGAAUAUGGAGAGAUGUAUGGAACUGUGAAUUCAUCGACCCCUCUGA